AUGGAUUUCCUUCACAGGGAUGGAGUGCUUAUUAUUCAGCAUUUGCAAAAGGAUUACAGAGCCUACUACAACUUUCUAAAUUUUAUGUCCAAUGUUGGAGACCCUCGGAAUAUUUUCUCUAUUUACUUUCCUCUUUGGUUUCAACUCAAUCAGACAGUUGGAACCAAAAUGAUAUGGGUAGCGGUCAUUGGGGAUUGGUUCAAUCUUAUCUUUAAAUGGAUAUUAUUUGGUCAUCGGCCCUAUUGGUGGGUCCAAGAAACUCAGAUUUACCCAAAUUAUUCAAGUCCAUGCCUUGAACAGUUCCCUGCUACAUGUGAAACAGGUCCAGGAAGUCCAUCAGGCCAUGCAAUGGGUUCUUUCUGUGUCUGGUAUGUCAUGGUAACUGCUGCCUUGAGCCCUUCUGUCUGCCGAAUAGAAAAGUGGUCUACCACUCUGCACAGGCAUGCUUGUGGCAGAGGCCUUUGA